AUGACAGCUGUAGAGAGCUCGAGGGAGAGGGAUGAAAGAUGGAGGAGCUGGGGUGGGGGUGGGGGUGGGGGAAGGGGCUGUCUCCUUGGGACUGGCAGCAGUGUGUGCAACAGUAACAGCUCACUAGGAGGAGCCAGUGAGGAGUUUGUCAGCGUCUUCACAACAGAAGGUCCUUUCAUUAGUCAUGUGGAGGUUUUGGUGCUGUCGUCCCCAGUGUAUGUAGGUCAUGUGGUACCAUUGGAGGUCAGGGUUCAACUUGGAGGGCUGCCUGAAACAGGCGAAGGUUUCCUUGGUCUCAAUGGAUCCGACUUUGGAGAGCUCUUUUUUGUUUGGAGUCUGGACGGUGUACAGUUUAGACAAGACAACAUCAGCGCCUUGGAAAAUGAAACAUUUGUCCUGCCAAUCAUCCACACAUUCAGUCAACCAGGGUGGACGUGGCUUGGUAUUCAAGUGACCAACUUAGUUUCCACUGGCAGCUCUUUUUUAAACCAAUCAGUGGUAGUUCCGCGUCCAACAGAUUUACAACUGUUCCUGACAGACUCAGUUCAUCAGCUGCCAUCAUGCAUACCGCAGUCAAUAAAUGCCACACUGCGAUUGGUUGCAGUGUUCAAGGAUGUCCCUGUUACCAUGCAGGGAUCUGUUGCCUUAGGAACCAACUUGACUUUUGCUUGGGACUUUGGCGAUGGAGGAGAUGUAGAAGUUGUGACACCAUAUUUAAACAGUGCUCCUUGUGUGGGCAAAGAUUGCACUGCUGUGAACAAGAGCCACACUUUCACUCAGCUGGGCAUUUAUGAUGUGAGGUUGGAGGUGAACAACUCGUUAGGAAGUCUUCAAGCUGGACUUAGAGUGGUUGUGUUAGACAGAGGCCUUGCCAACCUGACCCUGGAACGCCAUGAUUCGUCCCCUAACGUCACCAAGCCAGGAGUGGCAAGCAAGUUUGUUGUUUCUAUGGCAACAGCAAGCAGGGAGGUCAGCUAUCUCAGAGUUGACUUUGGCGAUGGUGACGUUUUGACCUACGCUUUGAUUGACAGCAAUGAUACACUGCUGGUGCGCGAGGGCCAGGAUCGGCUCCUGUUGCUGUCUAGUUACGGAGAAGGCUGCACAUUACAUGUGGAGGUUGAUCACACUUACACAGAUGAGGGGAUAUUUACAGUCUCCAUCCAAGCUUUCAAUAACUACACCACUUUGAACCAGACUUUGACCAAUGCAGUGGAGGUUGUUAGAGAAUUAAAAGAUAUUCGUCUGAACGCCAAAAGAGCUGCAAAAUUGAACGAAGUGGUUGUGAUGACUCUGACAUUGGCUUCGAAAUCUGACAGCGCCAUCUACAGUUGGGGCUUCUUGCACCGUGAGUCACAGACCUGGUUCAAUACCACCACCAACACAACAACAUUGUCUCAUACUUUUACCACUGUGGGUACAUACACCAUUGCGAUAGAGGCGUCCAAUGAAGUCAGCCGGAUAUCCAUGGAGGGGAUGAUCAAGAUUCAGAUUCCAAUAGGCAAUGUUUCUAUCACAUCGCAGAGUCCAAGCCCCGCAGCCACGUGGGAAACGGUGACUGUGUCUGCGUUGUUGCACAGCGGGUCUGACCCAAUCUUUACCUGGAGCUUUGGCGAUUAUUAUCCCUCGAUCGUAAGGAGUGAGAACAUGACCUCCACAGCUGACCAUGUGUACAGAAGACCAGGAGAGUAUAUUGCUAUAGUGUCCGUGGACAACAUGGUGAGCCGGUCCUCGAAUCAUGUCCGAUUCACAAUAUUGGAGUCUGUGUCCACUCUGCUGUUGACCACCACUGGACCUUUGGAGUUGGGGAACAAUGUCACAGUGACCGCUUCUGUAGAAGGAGGGACCGAUGUCCAGUUUGAAGUGGACGAUGGUCAAGGCUUCGUAGAGGUCAGCAGGUCAAGAACCAAUCCAAAGUCUGCAUCUUCAGUGCAUAGCUUUUCCGCAGUUGGGACAUACCCUGUGACAUACGUUGCCUAUAAUAACAUUUCUAGAGUUACCAAAACAACAGAAAUUAUUGUGCAGGAGAUGGUGGGGAAUGUUACCAUAGCAACACCAGGCCGAGUGAUUGUUGGAGAAAUUGCAACAUUUUAUGCACAGAUAAAUGGAGUAUUGACAAGUGAAAGGCCUGUCUUGUACCACUGGACUGUAGAGGGUGCCACUGUUGUCACCAGGUCACCAGUCUGGUAUACAAGUUUAGCCAGCGUUGGGACUGUCACAGUGACACUGAAAGUGAGCAAUUUAGUCAGCACAAGUUCAGCAGCUAAAGUAGUGGAUGUGGAACCUCUUGGAUCAGAGCCCUACCUGGUGGUCAGCGGCCCCACGGCUGUUGGGCAACAAGUCCAGCUUGCCAUCAAAAAUGUCCAGUCGGGAGCCACGGUCAAUAUAGACUAUGGAGACAACACUACGGCCACCUUGACCACUCCAAACGGUCAGCUGACAUUCAGCCACACCUACGCACAGACUGGGGAGUUCUGGCUCAAUGUGGCACUUAGUGAGGGUGCCAAUGGCGGCUUUUACAGUCUUGGAGGAGUGGCGGUAAUUGAAGAGCCCAUCACUGGAUUAGAGAUUGCUGGUCCGUCUGCAGUUAGGCAGCUGAGCACUCUGGUAGGCCACGUGUGGACUGCUGGUGUUUUAUCAGGAACCAAUCUGGUAUAUGCUUGGUCCUUUGGAACUAAUCAGACAGAGCAGACUGCUUUGAGCAAGGUAACCAAGGAAUUCACCAAGCCUGGAACAUACAACUUGACCCUCACUGCUACCAAUGGUCUUGGGUCAGCCACGUCAGUUACCAAGGUAACUGCCCAGCACUCCAUAGACUCUCUGGACCUUAGUGUCAAAAACACAAUUCCUGGGUACCGAAAUCAGUUUGCCAUUACCAUAUCUGGCGGUAGGGAAUUCUGGGUAACUGUGGACUUAGGAGAUGGAAAUGUGACCCAGUUUUCUUCAGAGAACCCUGGGAAUGGUGUAGAUUUCAAAGUGUUAACUCCAUCGAGUCAUCACACUGUUGUGCCGAAGUAUGAGUGUGUGGUCCACCAUGCUUACUCAGAUGUUGGAGAUUACAGUGUUUCGGUCAACGUCUCUAAUUAUAUCAACUCCAUGGCAGCAACCAAGGUCCUCAAAGUGGACACGCCCAUUACUGGUGUUACCAUAUCAACCACCAGUCCACGCUAUGUUGCCGCGACACAGCCUGUCACUUUCAUAGCAACGGUAGCCACUGGCAACAACUUGAUGUUCUAUUGGCAGACGGAACCACAGACAUUUGUCUACCCAACAAAAAUAACAGAAACCCACAACAGUAGCGAGGUGGUCUACCAAUUCCCUCAGGCAAGAGACCUCAAUGUGUCCGUCAGAGUGACUAAUGCCAUAUACCAGUUUGGGGCGCCCUCUGAAAUUGGUGGGAUCACGGUUCAUUUGCCGUUUUUGAUAUCUGUCAAUCACCCUGUGAGUCAGGUCAGCAUUGAGCCAAUGACAGGCAUCUACGCUGCUGCGGACAAUGCAACUGUGUCAUUCGAUGCCAAGACACACGGAGGUUCAAAUGUUAUGUUUCAUGUGGACUUUGGUGAUGGUACCACCGCCAGUGGGGUAGCUGUCUUUGGGUUGCUUGGGCUGAGAAGAGAAUUUACACACAAAUACACAGCAGAGGGGGUUUACCAUGUGAGUGUAACAGCCACCAACCCCCUGAAUCAAGUCACCGCCAACAUGUCUGCCCCUAUGUAUGUCAUGCGACCGCCAGGUCAUGUUUACAUCAUAUCGCCAUCACCCUUGAACCCAUACUUCAAACCUGGUGAAACCAUCCACUUCAAUGGCAGCGUCACCAGUGGAUCUAACCUGACAUUUGAUUGGUCGUUUGGUGACCAGACGGAGCUGAUCGAUGCAGAGUUGUCAGUCAGUCACACGUAUUUGGACGUUUCUGAUGUUGGUUACCUUGUCCGACUGACGGCUAAAAACAGGGUGAAACCUGUGUAUGCAUAUCUACAGAUAUUUGUGCAACACGUGAUUCAAGGCUGUGACACUGUGGUUGAAGGCGGCAGAAUUCACGAGUAUAAUACCCCUGUCACUCUGAGAAUCACGCCCCAACCUUUGGCAGCAAGUGCCCCGCAAACCUUCUAUGAAUGGGACAUACAGUCUCAGUUCAGCUCCUGGAGCUCAUGGGAUCAGACUUACCUGAACUUUAAGUCAUAUAGAACAUUGCUACCAGGAAGCUAUACGGCAUUAACCAAAGCCAACAACAGGGUUAGCAAUCUCACGGACUGCACUCCGGUAGAGUUCCGCGUCGUGGAGAGGUUGAGUCGCAUCAGCCUUCAAUUGCAGAACCAGGCCAUCUUUGGACAGACCUUUGAGUUCAACGUCUACCAUUUCCGUGGCUCCGAUGUCAGGUACACGUGGGAUUUUGGCGAUGGAUCACACAGCAAUGAAAGCAACAGACAUGCAAGUCAUAAAUACCUCAGAGAGGGGCAUUUUAUUGUGAAAGUAGCGGCCAGUAAUCCUUUGGGUAACGAAACGACAACUUUGGAUGUGUUUGUACUGAGAAGGUUCUGCUUGCAACCACAGGUCAAUGUGAUUCCUGCUGAUCUUGAGACUGUCUUCUCAAAACCCCUGCGACUCGAGGCAGACAUCAAUGUCCAGUGUGACAUUAGCAAUGCAUUGUGGUAUAGAUGGGAGUUCAGGAACGCUAGCGCCACCAAUGGGACGGUGGUGACUUACCAGGGAGCACACACGCGAGGCCUGCACCAGAAGGUCCUGUGUCUGCCCCCGCGUUCAGUCCCUCCAGGAAACUACAGCGUAUUAUUACGGGUUGGCAUCAACAACACCAUAGUAACCACCAAAGCAGAAGCGCGGGUAGUCAUGGCGCCCACGCCAAUAGUGAGUGUCAUCAAGGGUGGCGUCAUGAGAUACUUCAACACUAAUGAUACGGUCGAGCUGGAUGGAACAGCCUCGUAUGACCCAGACAACCAGACGGCCAUAUUGAGGUACAACUGGACUUGCUAUCUCCUGACCAAUACCUCAAAGUCGUGCUUUAGAGAGAAUGUGAACCUGCCCAGUUUAGAUCAGCCAAUACUGCAGGUAACGAGGGAGCACCUGCUGCCAAUGAAGGCUGACAAAGUGCCACUGGAAUAUGUCUUCAAUUUGACUGUCAGCAAUGGAGGAAAAGCAAAUUCAACAACGACAGUGGUCAUUCUGACGGAUAUUGUGCGCUACAGUGUAAGUAUCCAAUGCAAAGGUUGUAAAAACACCGUAGUUAAUUCCGACUAUCGUCUGAGCAUGGAGGCCUCCUGUCCAGAUUGUCCCGGUGACCUGAAAUACGAAUGGGAGGUCAAUCUGGUGCAUGAUGGGAGAGCUGCAACUCCUGCAGGAGCUCAUGAUGAAGGGCAGUGUGUGAAGUCGGAUGGCUCCUCCUACAUCUUGUAUCUCCGAUGGGCGAAUUCCACCGCAAGCAGCUUGAAUUUAUCAACCACCACUGCAGCACCCACCUCAACCAGUACUCCAACCCCUGAUAAUGCAGGCCCAAGUAGUACUCCAUUGCCAAAUUUCAACCCUUUCCCAGGAUUUGGAGACAUGCAAGAGGGCUCUGAAGACAGUGAUCGACACAAGAGAGAUGUUGAUGACAUUGACCUUCACCCUGCGUCUGGACCAGUCAGACGAAGGCGACAGACUGAGGGAAUGAUUAUGGAAGGCGGAUCAGCUAACUUUGGUAAUCCUUCAGAGGGUGGAGAGGGAGGAAGAGGCAACGGACCUGGGAGAGGUACAGGCAGUGGUAGUGGAAGUCCAGGUGUUGACGUGCCUACUGUUCCACCAGCCACCCCACCAGAUGGCGCUUUUGACGGGAACAAGAAGGACAAAGAAAACCCCCACAUCGUUAGCUACGCCCGCACGGCCAUUCCCAUCAGGCCCGAGCAGACGGUAACGGGGCUUCAUCAGCAGUCUCUCAUCAUCAGCCCCCACGUGCUUACGCAGGGGCGCUUUCACAUUAUCCAGGUCAAGGUGAAGGACAAAGACAGCAGGGUCGUGGGAGAGACCUGGGCAGAUAUUUGGGUCAAUGAGAGCCCAGUCUAUGGGAAAUGUGAUGUCCGCCCUAGCAAUGGCAUUGAGCUGCAGACGACAUUCAGUGCUUUCUGCUUACAGUGGGUUGACCAGAAUACACCUUUGGAGUAUGAACUGAGUGUUAGUUUUGACGAAGCCGAGCCACAUCACAUCCUGUAUCGAGGUUACAAAGCCGAGAAGAUAGAGUUUCAGUUGCCUGCAGGCCGAGAGGAUAGAAACCACACAGUUUUGAUCCAUCUGUCCAUCCUUGAUCGCCAUGGCUCCCGUACGACAGUUUGCUCUGAGCCAGUCCAAGUCCUACCGAGGAAUGUCAGCGAGAACUCAACCCUUCAGAAAGAUCUACACGAUGCAAUUCUGGGAGAAAAGGGGGCGUUGGUCAUAUCCCAAGAGGAGGGCGAUGUCAUGGCAACCAAUGAUAACAUAUUGCUCCUGGCAAGCUGGUUAAAUCGCUUAUCCGAUGAUGCCUCUGUAGAUGUCCCAUUGACACAGCGGCAGUCGUACCGUCAGCACCUUUCAGAGAUACUGUUAGCGACCAGACACUCUUUAGUGGAGGAGUCGGCCAUUUUGCAAACAUCUGCAGCACUAGCCUGGGUGACAGCCAAAGCCUCGGAGCUCAAUGCUCCGACUUUGAAAGCAGCGUCACAAGUUCUAGAGGCAGUUACCAAGGCGACGGGUAGAAUCCUUAACAACAGCCUCCCUUUAGCUCCCGACCUCUUGACCCUUGGGACCCGAAGUGCAUCCCAUGUUCUGGAAGGCGUGUCCCUGCGCCUGGCCGGAGGAGGUUUGGACAAUAGUGACCGAGAGGACCUGAGAAGAGUAGUGACCAUAGUGGAAGAGGCUGUGGAUGAUUUGUUAAAGGUUGCCCUUAAUGACCGUUCAAUAGGAGAAGAGCCUAUCAACGAAGAUACCGAUUUUGCUUCCCAUCAUGCAGCGCUAUACGACUCCAGGAGUGUGCCAACAUUACAGGUGCCAGGAGCAAAGUUUGUGCUGCCAUCUACACUUCCUGCAGUUGUUGCCAAGCAACAGGCAGCCUCUGCAGCCAAUGGGUGUGUCCAGGUUGUCAUGGUUACAUACAAAGGGAACCCUUUUAUUGGACAGGAGGUGCAGUCCCGAGUGGCCUCCCUGAAACUGUUUGACUGCCUAUCAAACCCGAUUGUGGUACAGAACCUCACCGAUGAAAGCUUGAUUAGAAUGGAACUCCAAAAUACUCCUGACCAGAAUGCUGUCCCACAGCAGUAUCAGCUGAAGAAAGAAAACAUGAAUAUCCACAAAUUUAAUGUGACUGUGGAGAACCUCAGACAGUCCCUGCAGGUGGAGCUAGAGUUUCUGAAACAAGCACAGGGCAGGUCUUUCCCCAUUGCUCUGCUUAUAAGUUUUGACCAGCCACCAUCUCCCACCCACCACUGGCUGAAGAAAGAAUACCACCAUCUUGACAGCAGCUUGAAGAUUUACAUUCCAGCAGGAAGGUUAAACCAGACAAGCACUUACUACCUGGGUGUUGUUGACGCCAGUUUUGAUGCCGGCCGUCCUCGCAAUGGAGAAAUUCGCGAACGAGGCUACGCGCUGCGGAUGUGGUGGGGAGACUGUGUGUACUGGAAUGAACAGAUCCCAGCUUGGUCUAGUGAAGGGUGUUAUCAUGAAGAAUCAUCAACAUAUGCUACGACACAUUGCAGUUGUAACCAUCUGACGUCAUUUGCUGGUCACUUCUCCCCAGUGUCCAGUGAUCUCACUGUGGUCAAAGUGGACACAUUCUUUGUAGAGAGUCCAAACUAUGUACCACCGAUGUUCGUUGGCUGUGUGGUUAUCAUCUACAUUAUGUUGCUCAUCCUCUGCUGUCGAUUUGACACUGGCUGUGAGAGAAGAGAAGUCAUCUGCCUGGAGGACAACUCUCCUACUGACAAACAACGCUACGAAAUCAUGAUUGAAACUGGGAGUUUGAAAGGUGCUGGAACAACAGCCAAGGUUAGCAUCAUCCUCCAUGGCAUGGAAGGCAUCUCAGAGACCAGGGAACUGGUCUGUCAGGGCAAGAAGGAGAUGUUCAAGCCCAAUUCCCGCCACACGUUCCUGGCGACACUCCCUGAGGGGCUGGGUAAACUGUGGAAGGUACAGCUGUGGCAUAACAACGCCGGGCGGUCUCCCAGCUGGUAUCUCAGCACAGUCAUUGUGAAGGAUCUCAACACAGGUCAGAAGUACUAUUUCAUUUGUGAAAGGUGGUUUGCUGUUGAAGAAGAUGAUGGCAGAAUUGAGCGCGAGAUUCCUGCAUUGGAAGGAAAGCCAGGUUUUCAGAGGGUGUUCUGGACCAAGGGCUGGCAGUAUUUCUGUGACUACCACAUCUGGAGCUCCAUCAUCACGCGGCCCGCGUACAGUCGUUUCAGUCGCGCAGAGCGCCUGACAUGCUGUUUCACCAUGCUGAUGGCCUACAUGUGCCUGGACUGCUUGUGGUUCCAUUGGAAAGAACCGCAUUUAGAGUAUCGAGGAGAGUUUGGCCUUCUGGACUUAUCUUGGAAAGCCAUUGCUGUUGGCGCCAUCUGCAGUGCAAUUGUGGGACCACUGUAUGUCCUCCUGGCCUUCUUGUACAGAAGAAGUGAGCUGAAGAAAUCCAAACAUUCAACAGAAGAGAGAUACAAAAGCCUAGUGAAAAAUGACGACGAGCAGUCAGAGAGAAGCUCCGAGACCCCCACUGUCCUUCCCAUCAUGACUCAUUCCUUAAUCGACCAAUCACUGAUCCACUGGCAAAGCCUGCAGGAGUGGGCUCAGAAAACAUGGGAGAAGCGCUAUCAGCAGUCCAUGUCCAGCUCUGAGAGUGUCAAGCCAAAGAAAGGUUACGAGACAGAAGCAUCCAGUGGAUUUGAAGACUGCUUGAGCCAGGACCGCACAGCAGCUGUUUUGUCUGACACCAGUGACCAAGACACAAGGAGUGACCACUCGGACAACGGUGCCAAGGUCCUUGCGUCAACAGAUGUCGUUCUCAUCGAGGACCACACCAGAGGUCCCCAGAACUGCCUAUGUCCACUGUGUUUCAGGUACAUCGUGUGGACCCUGUGUUUGGUCAUCGCCAGUGGGUGUGGAGCGGUCACUGUGAUGUACGGAUUGAACUUCGGACACGUCAAGAGCGUGAUGUGGCUUCAGUCGUUUUACUUCAGCCUGAUGACCAGUGUGUUCUUCACACAGCCUGUUGUGAUCUUAUUGGCUGUGCUGAUCACAGCUUGCAAAUAUCGCAACGAGGCGUCCAUCCUGAAUGUGGAGGACAUAGAAUACUGUGAGGAUGUGAAACUGGUGGGGGCAGGCAACAUGGCCCUGUCAUUUGGAUGUCGCAAUGAGGAUGACGAACUGGCCAAGGGUAUUGCAGCUAGGCAACGCUCCCGUUAUCUGAGAUUUGCACGACCACCGCAAGAGAAAGAACUGAUUAAGGCAAGGCGACGCAACAUGAAAGAGAAGAAAGCAUAUGCCAUCCUGUGGGAUAUUCUGUCAUUUGCGUUUGUCUUCCUGCUUCUGAUAUUCAUGGCAUUUGGGAAGUUCUCUUCCACUUCUUAUCAGUUGAAUAAAGCACUGGAGACAACAUUUCUAAGCAGCUCCUCGCACCCUCUGGAGAAAGUGAAGCAUCUUAGCGAUUGGUGGCAGUGGGGUAAAACUGACAUGUUGGACAGUCUGUACGGAACCAGCUCCAACCAGUUCUUGGCGUUGCCAGGAAACAGUUACAUCAUAGGCUACGCUAUCUUACGUCAACUGAGAGUGAACGAGGUGAGCUGUGAGGCCUCUUACAACAUCUCCAAAACUUGCCGUCAUGAUUAUUCGGGAUCUUCUAAACAAACUUCAGACUUUGGGCACAAUGUGACCUUUGGAUAUUCCUCUCUCCAGUACAGCAGCAUUAUGGGACAGCAUGCAUGGUAUGAUGGGAAUGGAUUUAUAGUGAGGCUAAACAAAACCAGAGCUGGAGCUUACUCCCAACUCGCAGAACUCCAAACUGCAGGCUGGACUUCUCGCCAGACCCGCGCCCUCAUUUUGGAAUUUACCACCUUCCACGCACCGACAAGUUUCUUCAGCUCUGUCAAGGUCAUUUGUGAGUUCCCGCCCACUGGUCAGGCGACGCCCAGCGUCCAGGUGAUCUCCACCCACCUGUAUAAAUAUGUCACAGUGUACGACAAUCUCCACCUGGCUUGUGAGCUGCUGUUCAUAAUAGUGAUGCUGUAUCGAGCCCAAAAAGUGCUGAGUCAUGCCAUCCGCCUAGGCAAACAGUUCUUCUGCCAUCCAUGGAAUAUGGUGGAGGUGGCCUUGACCUUGUUAUUCCUGGCAUACUUUGUCUGCUACGUGUAUCGCUUUGUUCUGGUACAAGGGACAGUGGAGAUUCUGCGUUCCACGUAUCAUGAGGAGUUUGUUGAUCUGACAUUUGUGGCAUUCUGGGAUGAGGUAUUGAGAACAUUGGUGGGGCUGAUGCUGUUCCUGAUGUUGACCCAGUUUCUAAGACUAUUGAGAUACAGCCGGCUCUAUGCCAAGAUUGGCAACGUUUACAAGAGGGCUCGCUGGGACCUCCUCACCUUCUUUCUGGCAUUUGUGAUAUGGGUGAUGGCAUACAGCAGUACAGGCGUGGCUCUCUUCAAUACCAUCAGCUACCAAUUCAGCAAUUUAUGGCGAGGUAUCUUCUCUGUCAGCGCACUCAUGACUGGCAGUUACGACCUCAAAGAGCCACUCGACGGCCCCACUUCUACCUUAGCCGCCAUAUUUCUCAUCAGCUUCAUGAUAUUUGCCUUGGGCAUGCUCACUGCUUACGUCAUCGCAAUUUUGACUGUGCAUUAUCGUGCAUACCACCAGGAUGAGAUUAUUGCAAUGUCGCCUGCGGAGUGGUUCGGGUUCUUCUGGGAGAAGAUUUUGUCCUGUACUGGAGUGAGGGAUGGAGACAGAGAGGAGGAAGAAGGAGAAGAGAUGUUACCAGCUGAAUUCACCAUAGCAGAGAUAGAGUACCAGGUGGAUGAGCUGCUGUUCAAGAUGAGUUCUCUGGCAGGUGAUGUCCUGCCUGACAAGUAUCCUGCAGAAUUUGCUGACCAAGACCGGACAUUUGGGUUUGGGGAUGAUGGGAUAUCUAGUGGAAGUUCUGAGAUCCACUUCAAUGAGGAGAGAUUUGAACAGCGUAUUCAGAAAAUUGAGGAGAACCUGUACACGCAUGAGCCGCACCUGGCACAACUGAUACAGCUGAGUAAUAUAGGGGCCUUGAGGACCAUGUCUAAUGAAGAAGAGACCAGACUGAGAUCUGAACUGGAAAUGGAGAUAUUCAGACAGCUUCAAAUGCAACGCCAAGAAAGCAACAUGCACUCCGAAGGCUACAGCAGUGGUAGCCAUGACAACUCAUUUCCCACACAAGAGGGCGCUCUCAGUGGCAGCACUUCUCCCUCUGAUGGCAUACCCCACCUAAACAGAGCUACCUUUCCUAGUCCGCCCCAAAUAGGUGCUCUACACAGUCCACAACAUGUGGAUCUGGACUACGGGUCCAGUCGGUCAGCCCACACCGACAGCCCAUCCAGUGUGCGAUCUCAAAAUACCAAAUUAGAACAACAAGGUGACUAUGAGUCAGAAAUGACUAAGGAGAAAAAGCAAAGGAUUGACAGUAGUGGAAGCAGUAGCAGGUACACGGGGAAAGGGAGUUGUAAGGCAAGCCCCAGCCCUGAACAGGGAUUCAGUGACACGGAGAGCAAGGCUUCGAGUCAGGCCAAAUCUCAGUCAUCUCAGAUGUCCGAAAACUCCGGAGAAGGAGCUAGACCAAAGACAUAUGCCACGGGAACGAAGAACCGUGCGCUGUUGUCUGCAAAAGAACCUGGUUCUGGGUAUGCUUGCUUGGAUUCAAGUACAGAUUCAGACGAUGAUGGGAAAGGGAAAAAAUUACCGAAAAAACAGGAGGCACGGCUGAGGAAAACAAAGUCUCGUGGCCGUGGGAAGGGCAAACAGCACAUUCCCUCUGCACUUGAGUUGGAAUCUUUUGCAUUUGACAAUGAGGCGUAUUCUGCCGAUAGUGACCUUGAUGACCCUGCCCUAAAUGACCUUGACCCACAACCAGGGACGAGCAAGCAGUGUUGGUCAUAAUUUUUUGUGUGUUAUCAAAGAUAUUUAUAUUGAUUGGGAUUCGUUUACCCAGAUGCAGUUCCAUUGAAAAUGUGAUGGCAAUAGUUCUGUCUGUCUCUUAUUACUUGCCUGUAAAGUUCAUGUAAAAAAAUCCUGAUUUGUAUAUGUAUCAUAAAUGUUAUUAAAAUUGUCAUUAUCAAUGCAAGUAAGAUUGUUCGAAAAGUAGUAUUAAUGCUGUGGAUUAUGAUGAAUUUACCCUUUUAAGUUUAACAUUUUUCUAAUACCAAAGAAUUUUUAAAAAUAUUUUCUAGGUUUUGUAGUAUUAUAGAGUGUCAAUCACUGUAGAGCAUUCCAGCUGAAAUAUUUUGAAUAUUCUAACUUUUAUAUGCUAUUUUGGUCACAUUGAAGAAGGUCCCAAGACAAAAUACUCUUAAAGAUUUUAGUGCAACAGUUUUUUUUUCCCCUUUUUGUUUUUAUUAUGUAUCAAAAUGGAGCUUAAUUGAGUUGCUCAAUGUCAUUGAAAGUGUUCAUUCAGUAAAUAUUUGCUGUGAAUCUAUAUAUGAUCAAGCCAAUGAUUGCAUAAUCAAAAUAAUGUGUUUGAAGCCUAUUAAUAUAUGAAUGUAAGGUUUUUGUCUCUGACCAUGUGCAAAAUAUACAUGUUCUGUAAUGCAGUGAAUAAUUGCAUUUUUAUUCGACCCAAACAGGGUGAAGGUCAUGGAUCAAGUUUGCUACAUUAUGAUGUUAUAAUCACCUAAGAAAUUUGUAAUUUAGAAACAAUUUAGGUAGGUUUUUGUACUGUCUGAGUCGGUAAUCAAAGAUAGUAUACAUACCAGUAUAUUUAACUUACAUAGUUCACAAUCAAAGGGAGUAGUUUUUUUUAAUGAAAUCACGAUCUUAACUGACAAAUUCUUAUUGCUUAUUGUGCCACCCCACACAGUGUAUUAAGUGAGGAUUACUUCAUGCUAAUCAGGCCAAAAAUUAGUCUAACCAUAACUUUUGUAGCAGUAUAUAAUACGGCUUCACCUUCACUGCCAAUGCAAUUUGCCGUUAUGAAUAAGACAAUCAAAAUGUUAUAUGUAAUGUAGCGUCUUCCAGUUCCAUUUACAUGUGUGCUAUACACGCAUGCAUGCGCACACGUGCAUGUUCACACACACCAGCUCCAUGCAUGACUGAGAUCUGCCCCAAGCAGUUCUUCUUUGAAGCAGUUCAAUUUUAACGACUUACAAAGUAAAUAUUUUUGUAUUUUAUUCGAUGCAAUAAUAAUAAAAU